AUGGCGAAGUACGACAAUCCGGCAAGGAACCCCGACGCCGAGGUUGAGCAGGCAAACAAGGACCACAAAGCAGACAAGGAGCGCAGUGGCAAGCAGAAGACGGAGAAGACAAUCCAGGCGAAUCGGGGCACAGAGGCAAGGCUUGAAAAGGAACUGACGGUGACUAACGUCAGCCAGGAUGAGAUGGUCGAGGCCAUUGGUGCGACGAAGGGCAAGGGCAUGGUUGACAGGGAAGACGAAGCAGGAUGUCCAUGGCAACGAUGGAUUCUGACGAGAAUAUGCUUGAUGAGCUGCCCCGGAGGUCCACGUCUGCAGGCGUAUUCGGCAGGACGGAGGACGGGGUUUUCCAAGUCGGCUUGA